AUGAAUCUUUCUACUCUUCUUAUCACUACCACCGCCCUCUUCCUGCAAGCCUUUCCGGCAGCCGCCCUCAUGGGCGCAAGAAUAUGGACCCAUUUCUACGCAGAAUGUCCUGACGUCGACUUUUCCAUGACCACCGCACGAACAAACGCCGCCACUGCCAUAACAUCGUCCGUGGACGUCCGCCAAGGCGAAUGCGCCGGUGUCCCGAUCAAGCGGACCGACAUGGCCCAGGCCGGGUCGAUCUCCAUCGACGCCCAGUUGAUUGUCGUGCAGCCCUUCCAGACUUGCAACGUCACCGUCCACGAAGUGGCGGAAUGUCUGGAUGAUCCGCUCGUUGUGGCGCCAGUCAAGGAUCGCGUGGCCCACAGCGAAUGCGAGGAGAGAAAAUUCAAGGCGUGGACGGAGGUGUGGGUUCGCCUGGACUGUGAGGAGGUCGGGACGGGCUCCUGGAACAAGUACCACAAUUCGAUCUCGAGGAACAAGCCCGUCAGAAGGCAUCUGGAAUCAAUUUGA